ACACAUCUCAGCUCAACAAGAUACACAUAUAUGCAGCGGAAAGAUAUCCGAACAAGCACCGCCACCACCACCACCACCACCAACGAGUUUUUCUCACAGAGAUAGGAACAGAAACAACGAGCAUAUUUCUAAGAAUACCGCUCUGCAGCAGAGCCUCACUGCAAGUUCCAAGCCAAGUCCUAUUGAUUGUAUAUAGGCACUUGCGUUUGCUGAGGCUGGAAGAGAAAUCACCCGAGUUGAGGAAGAGGAGAAGUAUCACAAGAAUAGAACGGAGCAUCAGACGUCCGAACCAGCCGACCCUUUUUUGCUGUUUUCCCGCCAUCAGCUACCGAGUCGGCCCAACAACCGAUUUUCUAAGCUGUGAUCGCAUCUAUACUCCCGAAUCCUCUGCCUAUACACACACGCACACACACACACACACACCCUCUACCUACCUACCUACUUACCUACCUACCCCGACACCCCAUCAACAAUGGCCCAAGGCGCCCUCAAACCGCGCAAGCCCACCUCGACCUCGACCGCCCGGAAAGGCAAACCCCAACAACCCAAAAAAGGCGCGCGCGUGGCCAAGGCCAAAAAGGCGUCCGCCGCCGACAAGCUGCAGCGCAAGUAUGCGGGGGGGCUAGUGGCGCAGACGGAGAAGCUGCUCGGCGAGCGCGCGGGGCAUCUGGAGAUUAUUGGGAAGGGCAGGGCCAAGGGGAAGGAUAAGGAUAAGGAGGUUAAGACGCAGAAGGGGGGGACGCGGAAGUUUGGUUGAGUGCCUGCCUGAAGAGGUGUGUUAAGAUGCAUUCGCUGGGGAGGUAUCUAAGGUUGGGGGGGUUAUUGCCUACUUAUUAAAGGAAAGGAAAGGGCUAGGGCUUGGAUGAAUUACGAUAUCACGAUGAGGCACUAAAGAUCCAUUACUUACUGCCCCUGUGGCUUCUAAUUUCGCCGCUACGAAAGCUGAGCAGAACAGAAGAAGCUAUGCUCUUCUCUUCUAUCCUCUAGUGCUCGGUUAGGCUCAUCAAGAGACUUAGGCUACGGGCCGGUUCGUUUGCUCUAUUUUCCAAGGCUUGAUAUUUAGAAGAGCUGAACUCCAUCGAGGAGACAAUGGGCUCCUCAAAUAGGUUCACAUCUAAAUUCUGGACUUCUGGAAAAGUUUUGUUAGUUUCCUCGAAACGGAGAGGAGCAAGAAUAGCCGCGGGGAAAGAGCAUAGAUCCCGCGUCAUAGAAGGCGACAAUGCAUUGAAAGGAGGGCUAGAUACUACCUAGACAUAUAUAUCGUUGCAGAGAGAGCCUGUGUCAUAUCUAAUGAAAGUUUUUUAAAAUAUAAACCAUGAACCCAUAAUCCUCUUUUUAUCUACCCCUUUUCUUCCGUCUCGCUAUGGUGACCGUUUCUCUACCUACCUACCUACCUACUCCCCCCCCUCCUUCCACUCCCUCGCAAUCCUCGCCAACCUCGUCGUCAC